AUGGAUACCACUCGGUUGAAGAAACCCCAGGUUUCCCGAGCCUGCGAUCCAUGUAGACGGCGCAAAGUCCGCUGCAAUGGCCAACACCGGUGUCAGCAAUGUGAGCAUCUGGACUUGCUCUGCACAUAUAGCGACAAUCAGCGUGCGCGAUCGCGAAAGAAUGCUCUCCGUCGAGGAACCGUGAUUUCCGAAUACAAAAUCCCCUUCACGCGGGAACUCAAGAGUGAACAUAUUUCGACGUCUGUUCUAGUCCCACCCUCGUCGCUCCCAGAUUUGAAGUCGGUGGCACUAUCGACGUCGUAUCUGCAUAGUCUCAUUCCGAAAUACAUGGCCUACGUGUAUCCUUUCAAUCCGAUCAUGACGGACAAGGAGAUCCGCGAGUCCAUCGGCAAGAUGGCAACAGAUAGAGACCAUGCGGCCUUUGUCUACGCCUUUACUGGUGUCACAAUUGACCUCACACAGUCGAAUGCAGCAACGUCUCAUGUGUCGGAGCAGAUCAACGAGCUCGCCGGCCGAGCUAUCCAGCUCCGGACUCCGUUGCUACCGGGUUUCCGACCAUCUAUCCUUCGGGCUGUCACAAGCGUGUACAUCCAGAUGUGCUACAUGAGCCUGGGGCAGUAUGACCUGGGAUUCUUCUACCUGCGAGAAGCAAUCAGCAUGGUGCAUCUGCUUCGGAUUGAAGACAAAGCCGUCAUGGCCAGCCUUGACCUGACCGAGCGCUCGCGGCGACAGCGACUUUAUUGGUUAUGCUUCAUCCAUGAGCGGUUCAUGUCCAUCUUUCACUUUUCUCCCGCGACGUUGUCUCCAUACGCGCAGUUCCCCGAGGACGAUCCCAGCCUCGAUCCUAGUAUCUCCCAUGGUUGGGUCCAGGUGAUCAAGACAUUCCUCCUGCUCGAGCCGACCUUUAUCAGCCUCUGGAUCGGCGAUCGGAGCCAGGUGACGGUUGCAUGGGUCGAGCAAAAACAUCGGGAGCUCGACGACGAGCUAUGGGAAUUGGAGGUCUCGAUGCUAACGGAUCUGCAACAGGCGGAUCUGGUCGUGACGCGCCAGUGGAUGCGGACUCUCCUCUGGCAGAUGGCCAUGUCAAACUGCCUGCUGUCGUCCCAUGCUUCCUGUCCAUCACUGUCGCUCGAAAUGCCGCUCCGGUUAUCCUGCCAACUACGCCAGUUCCUCACCAAGAUCUCGCAAAACACGAUCCAGAUCCACGGAUCGUCGAUUCUGAGCAAGUUACUGGAGAUCAUCAAUACGAUCGCCGAUGUGGUUCUGCAUGGGCCGCAGGUGACUCUCGAGGAAACGACCAGUCGUAUUGAUGAUAUUUUGUUUCUAAAGGACGUCAUCUUCUCCUUCAGGAAUUUGCAGCAGGUCUCCAAGAAGAUUCUGAUUGAGAAGUUACAUCUAAUCGGGGAGCGGUUUGCGCAUAUCGAAGUGGCGUCGCAGCUACACUUCAACCAGCGACCAGACUCCCGCGAGCGUCUUGAGACCGUGAUCGAUCCCUCCUACAUUGGGCCACCAUAUUUCAACGGCGACGAAACUACCGCUAUCAAGAACACCGUUGUCCAUGGCAAGACACUGGCCCAAAUCAUCGAGCAAGAGCUGCAGGUGCGGCUCGAACGACGCAACAAGAAGCGGGUCGAUACGGGGGACUUUCGGGUUUGCGCUGCUCAUGACCUUGCCCCUAUUCUGGCCUCUACGCUCGGUACGAAUCUGAAGCAACUGGAUAAGGACAAGCGCUUCGUUUUGUUGGUCAACACUCGGGGAUUGGACCUUGGCGACGAGAAAUGGGAAGGACUGGCGGCAAAGUCAUUUGCGCCGAAGAACAAGAAGAAAAGAUAG